AUGGUUUGUCCCCUUUUCUUAAUUUUCCCUCAAAAAUUUCUUUUAAGGGUUCCAGUUUGCACCAACAGUCUACCUUCAUCAAACAAGUGUUUUCGUGCCUCCUCAUCCCCACGUGUCUGUUUUUCUCAACAUAAUAAAUACGAAGAUUCUUCUACUGACGAUACUGCCUCAACAAGUUUUUGCCUUAGAAAAAAUCACAAAAAAAUGUCUUCGGUUUCUUCGUCUUUUUCAAGGUUAAGAGGAACAAGUCUGACUGUAGAUGAAGGAGAAAGAGAAGAGGACGAGAAGAAAGAACGGGAGAGAAGAGAGGAAUCUGAUGUUUCAAUAUUGGAAGAAAUUGGAAGGAGAGAAGGGUCAAUAAAUGCUAGAAGAAAUAUUCAAAAACGUUCUUCAGGAAUUUGGAAUGAUCCGGUAAUCACAAUUAACGUUUCUGGAAUGCGUUUUCAAACAUAUCAAAGCACACUUGAACGUUUUCCUCACUCAAUGUUAGGCAAUCCAACAAAAAGACGAGCAUUUUGGAAUGAACAAUUAAAUGAAUAUUUUCUUGAUAGGAGUAGAACAUGGUUUUUUUUAAAAUUUUUUUCUUAUUUUUUUAUUAUUUUUUCAAACACAGUUUUGAAUCUAUUCUGCAUAUUUAUAGGUAUUUUUUGA